GCGCCGCCGGCCACAUGGUGUCGCGACCUUGUCCGGAGAUGUUCUACGGCGUCCGAUACAACACCACCACAUGUGCUAGCUUGUGCUAAAAUGUGCUCGCAUGUGGUAAUGUGUGCUUAUGUGUGCUAGCCUGUGCUAACGCGUACCAGCCUGUGCUAACCAUGUGUGAAAAUUUGCUAGCAUGUGCUAAUGAGUUAAUGUGUGCAAAAAUGUGCUAGCCUGUGCUAACCAUGUGGGAAUGGUUGCUAGCAUGUGCUAAUGAGUUAAUGAGUGCUAAAAUGUCCUAGCCUGUGCUAACACAUACGAGCCUGUGCUAACUGUGUGUUCAAGUUUGCUAGCAUGUGCUAAUGAGUUAAUGUGUGCUGAAAUGUGCUAGCCUGUGCUAACGCAUACCAGCCUGUGCUAACCAUGUGUUCAAGUUUGCUAGCAUGUGCUAAUGAGUUAAUGUGUGCUGAAAUGUGCUAGCCUGUGCUAAUGCAUACCAGCCUGUGCUAACCAUGUGUUAAAGUUUGCUAGCAUGUGCUAAUGAGUCAAUGUGUGCUGAAAUGUGCUAGCCUGUGCUAACGCGUACCAGCCUGUGCUAACCGUGUGUUCAAGUUUGCUAGCAUGUGCUAAUGAGUUAAUGUGCGCUAAAAUGUGCUAGCCUGUGCUAACGCGUACCAGCCUGUGCUAAGCAUGUGUUCAAGUUUGCUAGCAUGUGCUAAUGAGUUAAUGUGUGCUGACAUGUGCUAGCCUGUGCUAACCUGUACUAGCCUGUGCUAACCAUGUGUAAAAGUUUGCUAGCAUGUGCUAAUGAGUUAAUGUGUGCUGAAAUGUGCUAGCCUGUGCUAACGCAUACAAGCCUGUGCUAAUCAUGUGUUCAAGUUUGCUAGCAUGUGCUAAUGAGUCAAUGUGUGCUAAAAUGUGCUAGCCUGUGCUAACGUGUGCUAACCGUGUGGAAAAGUGUGCUGGCAUGUGCUGACGAGUUAAUGCGUGCUAAAAUGUGCUAGCGCGUGCUAGCCUGUGCUAACCGUGUGUGCGUGCAGAUAGCGUGUACAGGAAGUGCCUGGCCAACGGGACGUGGGCGGCGAAGGGGAACUACUCCAUGUGCCAGGCCAUCCUGCACCAGGAGAAGAAAGGCAAGAUGCACUACCAGAUCGCCGUCAUCAUCAACUUCCUGGGUCACUGCAUCUCCAUGCUGGCGCUGCUGGUGGCCUUCUUCCUCUUCCUGUGUUUAAGGAGCAUCCGCUGCCUGAGGAACAUCAUCCACUGGAACCUCAUCGCCGCCUUCAUCCUCAGGAACACUACAUGGUUUGUGGUGCAGCUCACCAUGAGCCCCGAGGUCCAUGAAAGCAACGUGGUGUGGUGCCGCCUGGUGACGGCUUCCUUCAACUACUUCCACUCCACCAACUUCUUCUGGAUGUUCGGGGAAGGAUGCUACCUGCACACCGCCAUCGUGCUCACUUACUCUACCGACAAGCUACGCAAGUGGAUGUUCAUCUGCAUCGGCUGGUGUAUCCCGUUCCCCAUCAUCGUGGCCUGGGCCAUCGGGAAGCUCUACUAUGACAACGAGAAGUGCUGGUUUGGGAAGCGAGCAGGCGUCUAUACAGACUACAUCUACCAGGGUCCGAUGAUCCUGGUUCUGGUGAUCAACUUCAUCUUCCUGUUCAACAUCGUCCGCAUCCUCAUGACCAAACUGCGAGCGUCCACCACGUCGGAGACCAUCCAGUACAGGAAAGCCGUGAAGGCCACGCUGGUGCUGCUCCCACUUCUGGGAAUCACGUACAUGCUGUUCUUCGUCAAUCCCGGCGAAGACGAGAUCUCGCAGAUCGUCUUCAUUUACUUCAAUUCCUUCUUGGAGUCUUUCCAGGGAUUCUUUGUGUCCGUCUUUUACUGCUUCCUGAACAGUGAGGUGCGCUCUGCCGCCAGGAAGCGGUUCCAUCGCUGGCAGGAACAGCACUCCAUCCGGGCCAGGAUGACCCAGGCCAUGUCCAUCCCCACGUCGCCCUCGCGGGUCAGCUUCCACAGCAUCAAGCAGUCCACCUCGUUAUGAAAACGCUCACACGCACACGGGUGGCACUGACUUUGCUGAAAGACUCGGAAAGGUUUGUGGAUCAAAAGGUGCGACCGAGCUGAGUUUGGAUGUGGAACUUGACCGUGAAUGUACAGCACCGUCAUGUCCGCCAUCUUCCCGCCACGACUGCCGAGGACUCUCACGGGACGCCACUGUUGUCCUCGAUCGGCGUUGCGGAUCCCGUUGUCAGCUUGGUGCAGCAUCGCCUUCAUCGUCAUUCCCGCAAGUUUCGUACCAAAACCAUAUUCCCACCCGGACCGUGCUGGUCAAGCGGCGAUUGGAAGCAGAUGGUGGAAGAAAUGGCGUCGGUGUGGUCGCAGAAUAAAGAUCCAAACGCCAAAGCUAAGCUGCGUGUUAGCAUCUGUUUUUCCACACUCAACUCGCCGCAUACAUCUGAGCUGCGCUGGAGUUCAUUACUUGCGAGCCGCUCGGAUCGUUACAUGUAUUGAUCGGAGCGGCUUUAGCUGCGCCAACGUGCGGCUAGCUAGCGCUCAGCUCGUUAGGGAGCAAACGAGGGUCAAAGAAUUAGCGCCGCUCGGGAGGAUUUUUACUUUGGGAAGUUGAAGACCAUCAUGAUGUGUCGUGUAAAUAUUUUCCUGUAAAUGGACGUGUCAGCAUCUCACCUUCACAUUCCCACCUGCCGUGGCAUCCCGGUCUCCGUGUGUUUUGUUCCCUUGGUGUUCCUGUCUUGUCACGUCACGACUUCACUUGCAAAGCAAAGUGCUUUUUAGCACAUUCUCAUGCACUUCCAGUGAAGAUGUCAAAGUAAGAGUUUUAUUAUUUAUUGUUAUUUAUUUGCAACUAACGAUGCUGAGAAAUAAAGUGUGUUGCUUUAAGGGAUGUGAAGCAAUUGGCUGGCUGAGUGUCUUCUUUAUUUACACAAUCCGAGGCCCACAGCUAGCAUCACACCACCGGCCUCCGGGGCCCCUCCCGAGAUCGGAGUCAGUGUUCGGAGCAUCUUGUCAUCCUUUUAAGCUUUCACUCCUCUUCAUCGAGUCAAUCCAGGGAACAGGGGAACGCUGUCGCUCCCAAAGUGCGUAUGACCUGUACGUGAACCUUGGAGUCCGUUAAGAGGCCCCGGGAGUGGGGACAACCCCUUUUCACAUCGGUCAGGAUGCUUUCCAUGACCAAAUAAAGUACAAACUGCAGGCUAUGAUGCAGUUCGGAUUUUUUACCCCCCCCCCAACAAAUGUGAUGGCUGUAUUUGU